CUGCUCUCCUGGUGUAUUUAGUCUGUGUGUAUCGCCUGUUUCUUUGUCAGUUCGUACUGUCAUGUUUUUCAGGAAAACAGGUUUGGACCCAAAUGCCGAUAAAGAUGCGGAGGCAGCAGAAACUGACCCAGUUUUCCUGAAGUGUGUCUCUUGAAAAGAAAUCACAACACAGGACAGGACACUCUUACUCAUGUGUCGCACCCGUUUGUCUUAACGGUAUUACCAGGCUGGAUUGUGCCUGAGUACUGAGGACAUGCGCUCUGAGAGGAGGAGGACGUGUAUCACAGACUGUUUCUGAUGUGUUUAUGUUGUUGACUCAGUUAUGGUGCGGAACCCUCAUUUUAUAAUAAUCGCCUUUUCUUGUGGAAAAGAGGAAAAGUGAGGAUCUUUUUUUUUUUUCCAUUUAAAAGACAUGAAAAUAAUUUGAUACUUUUGCUGUUUUUUUUUUUAGCUUUUAGUUUAUUAUAAGUAUUAUUAUUAUUAUUAUUAGAUUUUAUUCUAAUAAUCGAUCGCCCCGCCGCCACCCUGAAGUUCAUUGUUAUUAUCUUGGCCGCCGGCAUGGUGGCCUUCAUCGGAGCGGUUAUCUGCAUCAUCGCAGCCGUCCACACCGGAUCCUCCAGGAAUGCCGCGGCGCAGCAGCAGCCGGCGGCCGACAACCACUCGCUGUAUCCGGACUCUGUAGCAGCGGCGGCGGCGGCUUCGGGCUCGAUGGCCCGGCCCGGCUCUCUGGGAGCUCUCCAUGGUUCUGAAACACCCGACUCAGAAGCACCAACCUUCAACAUCGGUCUCGGGGUCACCGGCCUCACGGGGCACGACCCGACGGUCAGCCGGCUCAUCUGCACACCGAUCCCCGCCGGAGAGUGCAACCCGAAAAACUUUCAGCAACAAGCGGAGGACCCGUCGCUGUACGCCGGGGAGGACUGGGGCUACCUGCGGACCACCGCGGAGGAGCUCCGGCAGACCGUGCUGCAGCAGAAGGACCAGAUACUGACCGACCAGAGGACCAUCCGGGAGCUGACGGGGAAACUAUCCGAGUGUGAGAGAGGGCUGGACGGCAGCAGCAGCAGCAGCAGCAGGGCGGACAGACGCGGCAGCGCUGCGGGGCUGUGGGGCGGUAAGAGCCCGCAGCCUGGAGAGGAGGAGGAGACGCACCUGGAGCGGAUCAUGGUGCGGGACAGCCCGGGUUCGAAUCCCGAUGGGGUCCACCUGCUCACCGUGAGGGCUGUGGAUGAGCUGGAGCAGGCGAUCAGUCAGCUCAAAGACCGCAUAGAGAAACUGGAGUCAGACAUCGGCCCAUUUCCUCACAACCAGACGGACAGCAACACCUCCGGAGCGCCAGAGGAAGGCGGGAUGCCGGGCGGCCCAGAAAGGUUGGCUGAUCCUGGCCACAGAGCUGGUGCUGGCAGGCCCUGGAGGAUGGAAGACCUGGAGGGGGAGCUGGAGAGGAAGGUGGAGCUGCUGGAGAAAGAGAGAAAAACCCUGAGGCUGGAAACAGAGAAGCACAGACAGGAAAUCGACCAGGGCAUCAAUAAACUACACCACCGGAUCUCAGGACUGGAGGGAGGUGUCUCAGGGCAUUCUUUCCCAGAAGGCUACAGGCUGUCCUUUCCAACUCGGACAAACUACAUGUACGCCAUUGUGAAACACUCCAUCCCGGCGUUGCGGGCCCUCACCGUCUGCCUGUGGCUGCGGCCCGCGGAGGGAGGAAUUGGGACGCCUCUGUCUUACGCUGUUCCUGAGCAACCCAAUGAGCUGGUGCUGCUGCAGGGCCUGCAUACCCCCACCGAGCUGCUCAUCAAUGACAAGGUGGCACAGUUGCCUCUAAACCUCUCCAGAGGCAGCUGGCAGCACAUUUGUGUGAGCUGGAGCCAGAAGGGAGGCGCCUGGCACGCCUACCAGGGGGGUAAGCUGAGGGGCGAGGGUCACGCGCUGGCGGCCGGACAUCACAUCAGACCUGGAGGAGUACUCAUACUGGGGCAGGAGCAGGAUUCCCUAAGUGGAGGUUUUGACUCAUCCCAGGCCCUGGUUGGAGAGCUGUCCCAGGUGGGUCUUUGGGACCGGGUCCUGUCUUCCAACCAGGUGGCCAGCUUGGCCCGCUGUGGCAGAGUAACCCAGGGCUGUGUUGCCCCCUGGACCGAGAACGGAGUUGAGGUUUACGGCGGAGCGACCAAGGACCCGGGGGAGCCUUGUAGUAAACACAACAGGAGUUCUCAAUGACCGAUGGGGGAAGGGGAAGUGAAGGAAAGAAGGGGCGAAGGAAGGGAGGGUAAAUUUGUAGCCCUUUCAAGAAGGUAGGAUUCUGCCCAUUAUUAGCACUGUUACAGGAUGUUUAAACAACUCCAUGUGGCUUGGACUGACGAAUAUGUAAAUGGAAAAAGAAUGGUAUAAAUCUAUAUGACGGAAGUUGAGGCUUUGCAGUUACUUCAGCAGACUUCAAUCCAAUGCCAUCAUGGAGGUCCACUGGAAAAUUGUGCAAUACAAGGUGAGAUUCCUCAUAAUUUAAAUAUAACUGUAGUAUGGGUACAGAUCACAUUUUAGGCUAUAUGUAUUCCAAAAAAGUAUAUUGUUCUCCAGAUUCAGGCUACACUAAACUAUUUUGUCAUUGGUCCUAUAGCUCACCUGCACUUUGUUAGCAAACCUAGCUAGCAGUCUAAUUAGUGAAGCAACUAAUGUAAAUGUUAAUAUGUGAAUACCAGCAAACAGUUGAACAUUCUGCUAGCUAUUAAAUAGUGAGCAAAUGUUUAAGUAACAGCACAGUGAUGGUUAGCUAACCAAAGCUAGUAUGAUUAGCUAGCUAACAAACAGUUAUCUAUUAUCUAACCUUUAAACACUUUGGGAAAUAUGCUUAUUCGCUUUCUUGUCCAUGUCUGUACUGUACAUGAAGCUACCAUCAGCAGCCAGCUAACUUAGCUUAGCAUAAAGACUAAAAACAGGGGGAAACGGCUAGCCCGGCUCUUUCCAAAAUGUAGCGUAUAUAAGAAGUGAACGUAGUCACCGUGACGUCACACAUAGGUUUGUGGACUGCCGUUUUGAAGCCUCAAGUUUGGCAUUUUGGUCGUCGCCAUCUUGUUUUUUUGCAACCAGA